AUGUUACCCUCUUCACACCACCUCCACUUUCCCCGCCAUUUCAGUUCCAUCCCCGAAGCGCUGCCCGCCCACACUCGUCCCUUCACCUUUCACCCUGCCCAAUUUGUCACAACCCUACAACUAACGACGUCCAAUUCUGGUUUGUUUCUCCCCAUGCCGCCCGCCGCCGCAAUCCGCUCCCCCCUUCCUCUCACGCGCACGCCCAGCGCGGCCUCACUCCGCGGAUUUCUCCCCGCGACAGACUCGCCGGAACUUAAUCGCUCCCUCUACGUUUCCUAUUUCGACGUCACCCGGAAACCUACUUACCAUCCCGCGCCUCAUUCUGCCUGCGCGGUGUGCUUUGGCGGGGGGAAUCCGAGGUGCGGCGCCAAAGAGCCGCGCGCUCGAAGAAGCGCGCAGAACGGCGGAGUGAGACAGGGAACGUUCCGCGCUAGACCGGGGGAUCUGCGCACCCCUCUUGCGCGCGCAGCAGCGGGAGAUGAAGGCGGAGCAGCGAGGGCGCAAGUAGAAGGAACGGCGGGCGGUGCGCCCGAUGCGCGCGUGGCGCGAGUGAUGCGCGUUUUACGGGAGGACCUGCCGGCGCAGUACGAGCGAGACCUGGAUUGGUCCAUCUACGAUGCCAGCGUGGCAUUCGUGGAUCCUGUGACGCGAUUGGACGGGCUGAUUCUGUACCGCGGGAUGAUCAGCAGCCUGAGGCUAAUCACGGUAGUGGGAUUCGAACCAGGGUCUCUCGUUUUCGAAGUGCACUCACUGGAAGAGGUCCCUCCCGAUGCGCGCACCCUCUCACCCUUCUCCCCGCGUCCAGGGCUGGAGGGGCGCGCGGGGGAGGCGGUGUGUGCAGUGCGGAGUGUCUGGAGCACGAGGGGGCAGACCCGGUGGGGGAAGGUGCUGAGCAUCACAGGAGGUGCGUUGGGCAUCACAGGAGGUGCGUUGGGCAUCACAGGAGGUGCGUUGGGCAUCACAGGAGGUGCGUUGGGCAUCACAGGAGGUGCGUUGGGCAUCACAGGAGGUGCGUUGGGCAUCACAGGAGGUGCGUUGGGCAUCACAGGAGGAGGUGCGUUGGGCAUCAACGGAGGUGCGUUGGGCAUCACAGGAGGUGCGUUGGGCGUCACAGGAGGUGCGUUGGGCAUCACAGGAGGUGCGUUGGGCAUCACAGGAGGUGCGUUGGGCAUCACAGGAGGUGCGUUGGGCAUCACAGGAGGAGGUGCGUUGGGCAUCACAGGAGGUGCGUUGGGCAUCACAGGAAGUGCGUUGGGCGUCACAGGAGGUGCGUUGGGCAUCACAGGAGGUGCGUUGGGCAUCACAGGAGGUGCGUUGGGCAUCACAGGAGGUGCGUUGGGCAUCACAGGAGGUGCGUUGGGCAUCACAGGAGGUGCGUUGGGCAUCACAGGAGGUGCGUUGGGCAUCACAGGAGGUGCGUUGGGCAUCACAGGAGGUGCGUUGGGCAUCACUGGACGGAGGUGCGUUGGGCAUCACAGGAGGUGCGUUGGGCAUCACAGGAGGUGCGUUGGGCAUCACAGGAGGUGCGUUGGGCAUCACAGGAGGUGCGUUGGGCAUCAUUGGACGGAGGUGCGUUGGGCAUCACAGGAGGUGCGUUGGGCAUCACAGGAGGUGCGUUGGGCAUCACAGGAGGUGCGUUGGGCAUCACAGGAGGUGCGUUGGGCAUCACAGGAGGUGCGUUGGGCAUCACAGGAGGUGCGUUGGGCAUCACUGGACGGAGGUGCGUUGGGCAUCACAGGAGGUGCGUUGGGCAUCACAGGAGGUGCGUUGGGCAUCACAGGAGGUGCGUUGGGCAUCACAGGAGGUGCGUUGGGCAUCACAGGAGGUGCGUUGGGCAUCACAGGAGGUGCGUUGGGCAUCACAGGAGGUGCGUUGGGCAUCACAGGAGGUGCGUUGGGCAUCACAGGAGGUGCGUUGGGCAUCACAGGAGGAGGUGCGUUGGGCAUCACAGGAGGUGCGUUGGGCAUCACAGGAGGUGCGUUGGGCAUCACAGGAGGUGCGUUGGGCAUCACAGGAGGUGCGUUGGGCAUCACAGGAGGUGCGUUGGGCAUCACAGGAGGUGCGUUGGGCAUCACAGGAGGAGGUGCGUUGGCCAUCACAGGAGGUGCGUUGGCCAUCACAGGAGGUGCGUUGGGCAUCACAGGAGGUGCGUUGGGCAUCACAGGAGGUGCGUUGGGCAUCACAGGAGGUGCGUUGGGCAUCACAGGAGGUGCGUUGGGCAUCACAGGAGGUGCGUUGGGCAUCACAGGAGGUGCGUUGGGCAUCACAGGAGGUGCGUUGGGCAUCACUGGAGGUGCGUUGGGCAUCACAGGAGGUGCGUUGGGCAUCACAGGAGGUGCGUUGGGCAUCACAGGAGGUGCGUUGGGCAUCACAGGAGGUGCGUUGGGCAUCACAGGAGGAGGUGCGUUGGCCAUCACAGGAGGUGCGUUGGGCAUCACAGGAGGUGCGUUGGGCAUCACAGGAGGUGCGUUGGGCAUCACAGGAGGUGCGUUGGGCAUCACAGGAGGUGCGUUGGGCAUCACAGGAGGUGCGUUGGGCAUCACAGGAGGUGCGUUGGGCAUCACAGGAGGUGCGUUGGGCAUCACAGGAGGAGGUGCGUUGGGCAUCACAGGAGGUGCGUUGGGCAUCACACGAGGUGCGUUGGGCAUCACAGGAGGUGCGUUGGGCAUCACAGGAGGUGCGUUGGGCAUCACAGGAGGUGCGUUGGGCAUCAUAGGAGGUGCGUUGGGCAUCACAGGAGGAGGUGCGUUGGGCAUCACAGGAGGUGCGUUGGGCAUCACAGGAGGUGCGUUGGGCAUCACAGGAGGUGCGUUGGGCAUCACAGGAGGUGCGUUGGGCAUCACAGGAGGUGCGUUGGGCAUCAUAGGAGGAGGUGCGUUGGGCAUCACAGGAGGUGCGUUGGCCAUCACAGGAGGUGCGUUGGGCAUCACAGGAGGUGCGUUGGGCAUCACAGGAGGUGCGUUGGGCAUCACAGGAGGUGCGUUGGGCAUCACAGGAGGUGCGUUGGGCAUCACAGGAGGUGCGUUGGGCAUCACAGGAGGUGCGUUGGGCAUCACAGGAGGUGCGUUGGGCAUCACAGGAGGUGCGUUGGGCAUCACAGGAGGAGGUGCGUUGGGCAUCACAGGAGGUGCGUUGGGCAUCACAGGAGGUGCGUUGGGCAUCACAGGAGGUGCGUUGGGCAUCACAGGAGGUGCGUUGGGCAUCACAGGAGGUGCGUUGGGCAUCAGAGGAGGAGGUGCGUUGGGCAUCACAGGAGGUGCGUUGGCCAUCACAGGAGGUGCGUUGGCCAUCACAGGAGGUGCGUUGGGCAUCACAGGAGGUGCGUUGGGCAUCACAGGAGGUGCGUUGGGCAUCACAGGAGGUGCGUUGGGCAUCACAGGAGGUGCGUUGGGCAUCACAGGAGGUGCGUUGGGCAUCACAGGAGGUGCGUUGGGCAUCACAGGAGGUGCGUUGGGCAUCACUGGAGGUGCGUUGGGCAUCACAGGAGGUGCGUUGGGCAUCACAGGAGGUGCGUUGGGCAUCACAGGAGGUGCGUUGGGCAUCACAGGAGGUGCGUUGGGCAUCACUGGACGGAGGUGCGUUGGGCAUCACAGGAGGUGCGUUGGGCAUCACAGGAGGUGCGUUGGCCAUCACUGGACGGAGGUGCGUUGGGCAUCACAGGAGGUGCGUUGGGCAUCACAGGAGGUGCGUUGGGCAUCACAGGAGGUGCGUUGGGCAUCACAGGAGGUGCGUUGGGCAUCACAGGAGGAGGUGCGUUGGCCAUCACUGGACGGAGGUGCGUUGGGCAUCACAGGAGGUGCGUUGGGCAUCACAGGAGGUGCGUUGGGCAUCACAGGAGGUGCGUUGGGCAUCACAGGAGGUGCGUUGGCCAUCACAGGAGGUGCGUUGGGCAUCACAGGAGGUGCGUUGGGCAUCACAGGAGGUGCGUUGGGCAUCACAGGAGGUGCGUUGGGCAUCACAGGAGGUGCGUUGGGCAUCACAGGAGGUGCGUUGGGCAUCACAGGAGGUGCGUUGGGCAUCACAGGAGGUGCGUUGGGCAUCACAGGAGGUGCGUUGGGCAUCACAGGAGGUGCGUUGGGCAUCACAGGAGGUGCGUUGGCCAUCACAGGAGGUGCGUUGGGCAUCACAGGAGGUGCGUUGGGCAUCACAGGAGGUGCGUUGGGCAUCACAGGAGGUGCGUUGGGCAUCACAGGAGGUGCGUUGGGCAUCACAGGAGGUGCGUUGGGCAUCACAGGAGGUGCGUUGGGCAUCACAGGAGGAGGUGCGUUGGGCAUCACAGGAGGUGCGUUGGGCAUCACAGGAGGUGCGUUGGGCAUCACAGGAGGUGCGUUGGGCAUCACAGGAGGUGCGUUGGGCAUCACAGGAGGUGCGUUGGGCAUCACUGGAGGAGGUGCGUUGGGCAUCACAGGAGGUGCGUUGGCCAUCACAGGAGGUGCGUUGGGCAUCACAGGAGGUGCGUUGGGCAUCACAGGAGGUGCGUUGGGCAUCACAGGAGGUGCGUUGGGCAUCACAGGAGGUGCGUUGGGCAUCACAGGAGGUGCGUUGGGCAUCAUAGGAGGUGCGUUGGGCAUCACAGGAGGAGGUGCGUUGGGCAUCACAGGAGGUGCGUUGGGCAUCACAGGAGGUGCGUUGGGCAUCACAGGAGGUGCGUUGGGCAUCACAGGAGGUGCGUUGGGCAUCAGAGGAGGUGCGUUGGGCAUCACAGGAGGAGGUGCGUUGGCCAUCACAGGAGGUGCGUUGGGCAUCACAGGAGGUGCGUUGGGCAUCACAGGAGGUGCGUUGGGCAUCACAGGAGGUGCGUUGGGCAUCACAGGAGGUGCGUUGGGCAUCACAGGAGGUGCGUUGGGCAUCAUAGGAGGUGCGUUGGGCAUCACAGGAGGAGGUGCGUUGGGCAUCACAGGAGGUGCGUUGGGCAUCACAGGAGGUGCGUUGGGCAUCACAGGAGGUGCGUUGGGCAUCACAGGAGGUGCGUUGGCCAUCACGGGAGGUGCGUUGGGCAUCACAGGAGGUGCGUUGGGCAUCACAGGAGGUGCGUUGGGCAUCACAGGAGGUGCGUUGGGCAUCACAGGAGGUGCGUUGGGCAUCACAGGAGGUGCGUUGGGCAUCAUAGGAGGUGCGUUGGGCAUCACAGGAGGAGGUGCGUUGGGCAUCACAGGAGGUGCGUUGGGCAUCACAGGAGGUGCGUUGGGCAUCACAGGAGGUGCGUUGGGCAUCACAGGAGGUGCGUUGGGCAUCACAGGAGGUGCGUUGGGCAUCAGAGGAGGUGCGUUGGGCAUCACAGGAGGAGGUGCGUUGGCCAUCACAGGAGGUGCGUUGGGCAUCACAGGAGGUGCGUUGGGCAUCACAGGAGGUGCGUUGGGCAUCACAGGAGGUGCGUUGGGCAUCACAGGAGGUGCGUUGGGCAUCACAGGAGGUGCGUUGGGCAUCAUAGGAGGUGCGUUGGGCAUCACAGGAGGAGGUGCGUUGGGCAUCACAGGAGGUGCGUUGGGCAUCACAGGAGGUGCGUUGGGCAUCACAGGAGGUGCGUUGGGCAUCACAGGAGGUGCGUUGGGCAUCACAGGAGGUGCGUUGGGCAUCAUAGGAGGAGGUGCGUUGGGCAUCACAGGAGGUGCGUUGGGCAUCACAGGAGGUGCGUUGGGCAUCACAGGAGGUGCGUUGGGCAUCACAGGAGGUGCGUUGGGCAUCACAGGAGGUGCGUUGGGCAUCACAGGAGGUGCGUUGGGCAUCACAGGAGGUGCGUUGGGCAUCACAGGAGGUGCGUUGGGCAUCACAGGAGGUGCGUUGGGCAUCAUAGGAGGUGCGUUGGGCAUCACAGGAGGAGGUGCGUUGGGCAUCACAGGAGGUGCGUUGGGCAUCACAGGAGGUGCGUUGGGCAUCACAGGAGGUGCGUUGGGCAUCACAGGAGGUGCGUUGGGCAUCAUAGGAGGUGCGUUGGGCAUCACAGGAGGUGCGUUGGGCAUCAUAGGAGGAGGUGCGUUGGGCAUCACAGGAGGUGCGUUGGGCAUCACAGGAGGUGCGUUGGGCAUCACAGGAGGUGCGUUGGGCAUCACAGGAGGUGCGUUGGGCAUCACAGGAGGUGCGUUGGGCAUCACAGGAGGUGCGUUGGGCAUCAUAGGAGGUGCGUUGGGCAUCACAGGAGGUGCGUUGGCCAUCACUGGACGGAGGUGCGUUGGGCAUCACAGGAGGUGCGUUGGCCAUCACUGGACGGAGGUGCGUUGGGCAUCACAGGAGGUGCGUUGGGCAUCACAGGAGGUGCGUUGGGCAUCACAGGAGGUGCGUUGGGCAUCACAGGAGGUGCGUUGGGCAUCACAGGAGGUGCGUUGGGCAUCACAGGAGGUGCGUUGGGCAUCACAGGAGGUGCGUUGGGCAUCACAGGAGGUGCGUUGGCCAUCACUGGACGGAGGUGCGUUGGGCAUCACAGGAGGUGCGUUGGGCAUCACAGGAGGUGCGUUGGGCAUCACAGGAGGUGCGUUGGGCAUCACAGGAGGUGCGUUGGGCAUCACAGGAGGUGCGUUGGGCAUCACAGGAGGUGCGUUGGGCAUCACAGGAGGUGCGUUGGGCAUCAGAGGAGGUGCGUUGGGCAUCACAGGAGGAGGUGCGUUGGCCAUCACAGGAGGUGCGUUGGGCAUCACAGGAGGUGCGUUGGGCAUCACAGGAGGUGCGUUGGGCAUCACAGGAGGUGCGUUGGGCAUCACAGGAGGUGCGUUGGGCAUCACAGGAGGUGCGUUGGGCAUCAUAGGAGGUGCGUUGGGCAUCACAGGAGGAGGUGCGUUGGGCAUCACAGGAGGUGCGUUGGGCAUCACAGGAGGUGCGUUGGGCAUCACAGGAGGUGCGUUGGGCAUCACAGGAGGUGCGUUGGGCAUCAUAGGAGGUGCGUUGGGCAUCACAGGAGGAGGUGCGUUGGGCAUCACAGGAGGUGCGUUGGGCAUCACAGGAGGUGCGUUGGGCAUCACAGGAGGUGCGUUGGGCAUCACAGGAGGUGCGUUGGGCAUUACUAAAGGGGCGAGUGCGGGAGGUGCGACAGUGCGGGUGUGGGUGAGGCAAUGA